UUUGGGAGCUCCACCCUGGCUCAGGGAGGAAAAUCUCACUGAGGAUUUGCUGUCGGGAUCUUCAGACAACUGAGCUCGAAGGACCUCUCUUUUUCAGAUUCAAUUUUCUGGAAUAUUCAUUCAGAGACUCAAACCUGCAGGAGUCUUGAGCGGGAGAUUUCCAUGUCUGUGAGUAAUAUGAGGAAUAUACCUUUGAAUGGGCUAGAUCCUGGAAUCAGACGGCAGGGCUUCCAUUGAGCUUAGACUGGGAAGCAGCAUGCUAACAAAUCGGUGAACCGCUGCGGCCUGUCAAAGCCCCGUCCUCGUCACCACCUGCACCACCAACCCUGCUUCGGGGGUGACUCCAGACACUUCCACUCAGCCCGACAACCUAGGCCUACGCCAUGGAUUUCCUUCUACCUAUUAGAAGUCGAGACAGGAUGGCUUUCUCCAGCUCUGAACCUCUUCUGGGACCUCACAGUAGCUGCACCAGGCACCACUACCAUGGCGUCAAAAGAAAGCUGCGGCCCGGACGGAUUAUGGGCUUUGUUAUCAGCAUGGUGGCGGUCUGCAUAUUCUGUUCAUGGAGUGCCUUGUCACUGGUCACAGCAGUGGCCAAGGAGCUGGUGUCAUCCGCUGAGGGUUCAGCAGAUGCGGCGGUGCCCCAAAGAACUCUUAUGCAAUACCACAACCUCUCAGCCGUCCCAGAGGACAAACCGGUGGCCAUGAAAUCAUCUACAAUAGAGAUGAAUCACGGGGACUACCCAACAGACUUGUUUACCGUGGAGGAGAGACGUCAGGGCUAUGUUUGUUUUCAUAUGUUUGGCAUGCUGUACAUGUUCAUAGCCUUAGCCAUUGUCUGCGAUGAGUUCUUUGUUCCUGCACUCACUGUUAUCACAGAGAAGCUGCAGAUAUCUGAUGAUGUAGCAGGAGCCACCUUCAUGGCGGCAGGCGGAUCCGCCCCGGAGCUCUUCACGUCUGUCAUAGGCGUCUUUGUCUCCCACAGUAAUGUGGGUAUUGGUACCAUCGUGGGCUCUGCUGUCUUCAACAUCCUGUUCGUGAUCGGGAUGUGUGCCCUGUUCUCCAAAGAGGUGCUGAACCUCACCUGGUGGCCUCUGUUCAGAGAUGUAUCGUUCUAUAUUGUUGGCUUGCUCAUGCUCAUCUACUUCUUUCUGGAUAAUGAAAUUACAUUGGGGGAAAGUAUUGGCCUGCUGUCGUGCUACACCUGCUAUGUGACAUUCAUGAAGUUCAAUGCCAAAGUAGAAUUUGUCAUAAAAACCCUGCUGGGCAGCAACCAGGUGGACGAGCUGGAGGCGGCACCAAAGGCCGAUGCCCCCGGGGCAGCUGGAGACGACGAGAGCAAGCUGACCGCCAAACCGAGGCUGCAGAGGGAAGGCAGCUGUGCCUCUCUACACAACUCACUGAUGAGAAACAGCAUCUUCCAGCUCAUGAUACACACUCUCGACCCUCUCAGUGACGAAGGUAUGGGACAAUUCAAAGAGAAGGCAUCAAUCCUUCACAAAAUGGCCAAGCAGAAGUGUAAAGAAGAAGCUGCCUGUGCCAACGGUGUCGGGCCGCCCUCCCAGACACAAGCUUCAAGAAAUGCAAAUUCUGAUAAAAACAUCCCGAACAGUUCAAAUGUUGCGGUGGAAGUCACACCACCCAUGAACGGUGCGGCAGGAGGAGACGAGGAUGAGGAGGAGGAUGAAGACCAGCCUUUGAGCUUGGCCUGGCCAGACAGCACCAGGAAAAGGUUAACUUACCUCAUCAUCCUGCCCAUAAUCCUCCCACUGUGGCUCACACUGCCCGACGUCAGAAGAGAGACCUCAGCGAAGUUCUUCCCUAUCACUUUCAUUGGCUCCAUCAGUUGGAUUGCUUUCUUCUCCUACCUGAUGGUGUGGUGGGCUCACCAGGUUGGAGAAACGUUCUGGAUCACAGAGGAGAUAAUGGGUCUAACAAUAUUAGCAGCCGGCACCUCAAUUCCUGACCUGAUCACCAGUGUGAUUGUAGCGCGUAAAGGCCUCGGGGACAUGGCCGUGUCCAGCUCGGUGGGCUCCAACAUCUUUGAUAUCACCGUGGGUCUACCGUUCCCCUGGCUCGUCUACAACAUCCUCAACGACUUCAAGCCAGUUGAGGUUAGCAGCAACGGCUUGUUCUGCGCCAUUGUCCUCCUCUUCCUCAUGCUUCUCUUUGUCAUCAUCUCCAUCGCGUCUUGCAAGUGGAGAAUGAGCAAGAUCCUGGGCCUCCUCAUGUUCAUGCUUUACUUCGUCUUCCUCGUCGUUAGCGUGAUGCUUGAGGACAAAGUCAUCGUCUGCCCCAUCACCAUCUGAGGGAGAAAGAGAGACAAAUAUGAUGCACCAAUGCGCUCACGUGCACAGUGGGAUUUAGGAGAGAGAGAGAGAAGAAAUGCCGACCCGGACACAAACUGUCUCUUAUCUGUCUCACUUACAUACACAGUAGAAGGCGGCAUGCAAACAGACACACACACACACAUGCAAGUGAAAGGUGAAGAAAACUAAGCGACACAGGUUGUGGAUGGCAGUUAGGCGGAGACUCACUGACUUAAAUCAAUUCAGAAAAUUCCUACCGGUGCAUCACACACGUCCAGCAGUUGGCAAACAAGCCUGUACAUCAUCGACCAUCAAAAGGAGGUCUCUCUCUUUGUACCGUGUGACUACAUCCAGUGGUCUUUGGGUUGAAAACUGAUGGACAACUAAUGUGAACGCCAAGAUGGAAAGUUUCAAUUGAAGAUCACCAGAGAUUGUUUUGCUUUUUUAACGAGAGGACCAGGUGGCAGAAGUACCUCCACUACUCAUGCAAGAGGUUAAGCGCAUAAACCCAAUACGGGGGCUGGAAGAGACUUUAAUUUAGAUUUGCUCAUUUACCCCCUAUAUGGCUUUGCAAUGGCAUCAAAUGAGAAAUAUUGAGUGUUAAAAAAACGUUUUUCAAUACAGUUUAUUUGAGGACAUUUUUGGCAGAAAUGAUUACUUAAGUCCUAUUCAUGGUAGGAUACUAUUCUAUGAUAAGAUACAUAAAUGCUAAAUAGUUACGUUAGGGCUUACACAGAUAGUAGGUUCUAUGGUGUCGUCAUGCUCAAUAUAUUCCAACUUUUUCAUGUCAUAAGCUCUUGAGCGUGUAUUUUUCAGUUCAGUCUGCCUUUACGUUGCACUUUGCAUUAAAACGUAAUAACCAGGUCAGUGUGGCGUUUCCCAGCAGAUGACGCGGUUUCGACAGACUGGCGGACUGAAGAUUAGUCUUCUCCGUUGUGUUUUACUUCAUGAACUCAAAAGGUUUUUCAUGUAUUCCUAAAGUUCAAUAUCAACAGGCAUCCCCGGGCUUCUUCUGCCAUGUUUUGAUGUUAAACAACUCAUGUACUGUAUAAGAUAUUACGCCACUAUGCUCACAUGUUGGGACAUAGAGGUUGAAUUCUUAGAAUUCAAUUAUUGUAAGAAACAGCUAAGUAAUCCUGUAAUUUCAUUGUAAAACCAAACAUGGACUAUCGAGGCUUUAUUCAUUGCUGCACUUUAGCUUUUGUCUAAACGCUCUCUUUUAGAUUUAAAGUGAAGUAACGUUGAGCAAAAAGCAUGUGACUUUAUCGUCACUAGGGUCCUGCUGUAGGUAUCAGUGGGUAUCUGUUUCAAUCAAAUCCUACAAUCAAGUUCCUCUGGAUCAAACAAUAACACAAUAAAGAGCUGUCUCUAACUCAAUGAA